AUGUCGUCCAUGCAUUACGACCUCAACAACACCUCGAUGGAGCUCCCUACACACACUGACGUGUCAACCUUUGACGGUGAUACUUCAAGUGGUACCACUGGCACCACUGGCAACGCUCCCAAGUGGGAUGGCCAACAACUGAAAGACGCAGUCACGAACAAUGCAGCGGCCGCGUAUGAUACUGUCCAGAAUCAUCCCAUCACUCAAAACGUGGUGAACCACCCUAUCACUCAAAACGUCGUGAACGGACCUGUUGCAACUUCUAUCAAGAACGAGGCUGGCGCAACUGCAUCCGAAUUCAGUGAUCUUGCAUCGUCUCGCCAACAGCCCUCGUACACCGCUGCCAACGACACUCCACUGACACACUACCAUUCCUUCUUCUACACCUUGUUGAGCUGGAAGAACAAGCGAGCUACCGGUGUCACCUUUGCCACGGCCAUUGUCUUCAUCUUCGCCUGCCGCUACCUCCCUAUCCUUCGUUAUCUUCUGAAAAUCACAUGGAUGACUCUUGGUGUUGUCACACUUGCUGAGGCCUCUAGCAAUGCUCUUAUGGGUUCCAGCGUGGCAGGUGCCGUUCGACCUCGACGAUACUACACGAUCCCCAAGGAGACCUUGGAAUCAUCCCUGGAUGACCUCGAGAACCUGAUCAACUUCUUCGUCAUUGAGGGCCAACGUAUUGUCUUUGCGGAGAACAUUCCCGUAACCGCAGCUGCCUUCCUUUCCGCCUUCCUGACGUACUACUUGAUCAAGUUGCUUCCAUUCUGGGGCAUGUCGCUGCUGUCCACCUGCGUUAUCUUCCUCGGCCCUUUGAUCUACCUUGAGAACAAGGGAUUGAUUGAUGCCCAACUUGAAAAUGCCAGCAACGUCAUCGGACACCAGACCAGCCAGAUCAAGGAUUUGACCGCUCAACACACAAGCAAGGGGCUUGAUACUGUCAAGCAAUACACCGGAACUGCUACUGCAAAGGCCCAAGAGUUUGUUGGAAGUGCGCGACAGAAGAUCCCCCAACCAGCCACUGGCACCACCAGCACCAAUGGCAGCACUACCGGCACCACCGGCACCACCGGCACUGGUAAGGCACCAUUUCAGGAGAACGACUUCCCUUCCGCUCCCAAGACCGACCUUCCCGCCAGUUCAUUGACCUCGGUCAAUGAGUUCAAUGAGUUCAACCAGGCGCAGACUGGAAUCCCACCAAGUGCGAAGGCGACCUACGAAGGUGUCGCAUAA